GGCAUGGAGCGCGCCGAGGCCUACGGCUUCUCGGGCGCCAUGAGCGGCGCCUUCCUGCUGUCCUGCCUGCUCUUCGCCGCCGUCAGCCGCCGCCUGCGCGGGCCCUACAUGGACGAGGUGUUCCACGUCCCGCAGGCGCAGGCCUAUUGUCAGGGCCGCUUCCUGCAGUGGGACCCCAUGAUCACCACGCUGCCCGGCCUGUACCUGCUCUCGGUGGGAGUGGUGAAGCCCGCGGCGUGGCUCCUCGGCUGGACGGGAAGCGUGGUGUGCUCUGUGGGAAUGCUCAGGUUUAUCAAUCUCCUCUUCAGUGCUGGCAACUUCUACUUACUGUACUUGCUUCUGUUCAAGAUCCAUCAGAAGAAUAAGGCUGUGUCUGGCUUCCAGAGAAUCUUGUCUGCAUUAACUCUUGCAGCGUUUCCCACCCUUUAUUUUUUUACAUUCCUUUAUUAUACGGAUCCAGGAUCAGUGUUUUUUACUCUUUUUUCCUAUUUAAUGUGCCUUUAUGGUAACCAUAAAACUUCUGCUCUCCUUGGAUUUUGUGGCUUCAUGUUCCGUCAGACAAAUAUUGUGUGGACAGUUUUUUGUGCUGGAAAUGUUGUUGCAGAGAAGCUAAGUGAAGCCUGGAAGAUUGAGUUGCAGAAAAAGAAAGAUGAAAAGAUUUCUUCCAGGAAAGGAUCAUUUUCAGAUUUGACCAGAAUACUGCAGUUUCUUGUUAAAUAUCUCUUGUCACCCAAAAAUUUAGUUACACUUACUGCUUUAACUUGGCCAUACAUCAUUUUAGUAUCUCUCUUCUUUGUUUUUGUCUUCAUCAAUGGUGGAAUAGUUGUUGGUGACAGAAGUAGUCAUGAAGCCUGUUUGCACUUUCCUCAGCUGUUCUAUUUUCUGUCCUUUACUGGUUUUUUUUCAUUUCCUCAUUUACUGACCCCCACUAAAAUCAGGAAAUUCAUGUUGUCAUUGAAAAAGCACCCUGUGCAGUAUAGCUUAGUCACUGUCAUCUCUUUAUUCCUGAUCUGGAAAUUUACCUAUGUCCAUAAGUAUUUACUAGCAGACAACAGACAUUAUACAUUUUAUGUCUGGAGAAAAGUGUUCCAAAGACACGAGCUUGUAAAAUACCUGUUAGUUCCAUUCUAUCUAUUUGCUGGCUGGAGUUUUGCUGAUACACUAAAAUCAAAAUCAAUGUUCUGGAUCUUAAUGUAUUUUGUAUGUUUAUUAGCAGUCACAAUUCCUCAAAAAUUGCUAGAAUUUCGUUACUUUAUUUUGCCAUUCUUGAUAUAUAGACUCAAUAUUCCAUUUCUGUCUCUACAUAGACAACUUCUGGAGCUGGCUUUUUAUAUUUUGGUAAAUGCUGUAACUUUUUAUCUUUUUCUAAAUAGAACAUUCCAAUGGGAAAAUAGUGAUGAAGUACAGAGAUUUAUGUGGUGACUUUUUUUUUUUUGAUACUUUUAUACCUGUAGGAAAACACAGUUCUGUUUCAGGACUGGACUCUGGAAUGAAACAGUAUAUUUUGCAUCAUGUAAGGAUGAUUUUCCCUAGCUGGAAUUGGGAAGUAAGCUCUUUGCUUACAUUGUUGCAACCAAAUGCAAGAUCUGUUAUAAUGUGAAGAUAUUCCAUAUAUUGAAUUUAUGAAAAUAUAAAAAUUCAAUAUGAGGGGAAAUGUGAGAACACCUUUCUGCAAUUAAUGUAAAAUAAGGGAGAUGUUUACUGUCAUUUUUCAUGAUAAUAAAAUAUUAUAUAACAUGCCCUUGAAGGUAAAAUAGCUUAUAAAUAUGUUUCAGAGGUUUCUUUUUUACAAAAGAAGGAUUUCAGUCUACUCAACCUUUUUGUUUAUUUAUCUGUGUGCAUAUUUAUUCCUCAGAUCAGGCCAUUUCCUUCUAGGUUUACUAGUGGUCAAAGUAUAAACCACUAUUAAAGUACAAUGUUUUCAAAGCCUCCUACAUCUCUCUGAAUUUUCAUUACUUUUUUUGUCAGUAUAUGCUUACAUUAGUUUUGUAAGCAGAAUAGGCUCUUAAACCACUAGAGAAUUUUGAACUUUUUAUUUUAAACUGAUAUUUAGAAAACACAGUGGAUGCUGUGUGUGUGCACCUUCUUUGGAGGAACAAGUGUUACUGUAGAAUAAAGCAUAAAUGGCAGUUGGUAAUGUGACCUCUUAGACAGGGAGGAGUUUACAGAUGUCAGACUGCAACGUGCAGUGGAUUGCAGCCCUCUUUAAUAAUUGAGCUUUUAUGUCCUGUGGUUCUGUGCUCACAGGUUUGUGCUGAAAUCAACUCUGAGUGCACUUCUGAGUUGCACUGAGUGUUUCAAAGAUCUUUGAUGUGUGAUCUUCAAGGAUUACUAAUGGCAUUAUUGAACUAUUCUUUUAAGUAUUUUUCACGUUUAAUGGAACUUGAGUGUAUAUAUUCUGUUUGACAAAGUGAUGUAUAUUUACAUAUAUUGAUGUAUAUAUAUUUAAAAGCAUCUAGUGUGCACUAUCAUCAGAGUAAAUGAAGGCUUUAAUAGUUCCUGUAAGUAAAUCACUUACAUUAAGUCUCAAAAAUAUUUGAUUGCUGCAGUAUGUGGCAGGGGAAUGUGGUCUCCAAAACUUCAGGCACUGUGUAGCUUCUUUAAAUGCAUUAUUGUUCUCUAAUGAUAAUACUCCAGCCAAAUCUGUGCAAACAUGAUAUUAUUGCCACUCAAGUCACUUGGAAUUGGAAUAGUUUCUCAAGAGAUCAGUUCUGGGAGUGACAAGCUCAGGUCAAUACUGUUACUGGUUUCUUUUACCCCACUGUAAAAUCCCUGUCCUGGCUCCAGU